CGAGCGAGCGAGGCCAGGUCGGCGGCGCCGAGCGGAAAGCACAGCGGGCAGCAGGUCUUCUAAGACUUGGAUUCUAAGGAACCCCUCUGGAAACGCUGCUCUGGUCCUGUCAUUUGACAGGGAGCUCCAGGGCCAGCAGGAUGGGGUCAGCCUGUAUCAAAGUCACCAAAUACUUCCUCUUCCUCUUCAACUUGCUCUUCUUUAUCCUGGGCGGAGUGAUCCUGGGCUUCGGGGUGUGGAUCCUGGCCGACAGGAGCAGUUUCAUUUUUGUCCUGCAGACCUCCUCCUCCUCGCUCAGCGUGGGGGCCUACAUCUUCAUCGGAGUGGGGGCUGUCACCAUGCUCAUGGGCUUCCUGGGCUGCAUCGGCGCUGUGAACGAGGUCCGCUGCCUGCUGGGGCUGUACUUCGUCUUCCUCCUCCUGAUCCUCAUCGCCCAGGUGGCCUCUGGUGUCCUCUUCUAUUUCAACAUGGACAAGGUGAAGCAGGAGAUGGGCAACAUUGUGACCAAGCUCAUUCAGGACUACAAGCAUGGUCAGGAGGACAGCCUGCAGCAGGGCUGGGACUACGUGCAGGCUCAGGGCAAGUGCUGCGGCUGGGUCAGCUUCUAUAACUGGACAGAAAACGCUGAGCUCAUGAAUCGCACCACCCUCACCUACCCCUGUUCCUGUGAGCUCAAGGGGGAGGAUGACAUCCCCCCCUUGAAGAAGGGCUUCUGCGAGGCUUCCAGCAACAGUACCCAGAGUGACAACAUCCCCGAGAACUGGCCCGUGUAUAAGAAGGGCUGCAUGGAGAAGGUACAGGAGUGGCUGCAGGAAAACCUGGGCAUCAUCCUGGGCGUGUGUGUGGGCGUCGCUGUCAUUGAGCUCCUGGGGAUGCUCCUGUCCAUCUGCUUGUGCCGACAUGUCCAUUCCGAAGACUACAGCAAGGUCCCCAAGUACUGAGGCAGCUGCUGUCCCCACCUCCCUGCCUGUCCCCUAACCUCAGGGCUCCUAGGGGUCUCCCUGGCUCCCUCCUCCAGGCCCGCCUCCCACCUCACUGCCAAGGCGCCUUGUCUGUCCUGUGCUGCUGGGAGUGAGGGGCUGUCUGAGGCCUGGACCCCCUCCCUGUCUUUCUGCCUCUGGCCUUGAGCCCUGCUGCUGUGGCUCCUCCACUCACUGCCCACCGGGGUUCUCUGAGCAACUCGAAGAAAACACUCCCUGCAGCAUCUCUGCACAGGUGGGCUGGGUUUCUGCCUGCCUUUGGGGAUGUAUAUAUUGUGUGGGGGAAAGUAUAUUAAAAAUGGGGGGGGAGGUGUAGAUAAGGCACCCUGGGCUGUCAGGGGACUGCCCACUGCGUGGGUCAACAUUUUUCCACUAUGAUGCUUAUACCUUUGGCUUUCAUAUUUUCAUUAAAGGUUGUGGGAAAGGGUGGGUUUUACCUGAUGUUGGGGGCGGGACCCCUUCCCAGGCCUGACCCAGAUAGCUCAGAUCUGCCUGGGCCGUGUUGUGGGAGCAAGGCCUGGAUGAGCUAGGCUGAAGGCAGUCUGGCCUGGCCCUGGCUGCUUAGGGGACCAGAGGGGCACAUCCUUGUGGCGUGGCACAGAGCUGGCCCUGCCUUCACCAGGACCCUGAGCUGUUCAGGGAAGCAGGAAGGAUGCUGUCCCUUGGCCUCUGCCUCCCGGGGAGUGGGUGGGUGAGGCUGUGCUUUGUAAGGGGGUAGGGAGGGGCUCUGUGCACAGUUAUGUAAAGCAUAACUAUGAUUUGAAGACUGACUAUUAAAGAAGAUUUGUAAGAAUCUA